AUGGCACCAUCCGCAACAGGCCAUACCAACGGCGCGGUUCCCAGGAUCCUAGUCCCGGAGAAGGUCUCGGCCGACGGGCUCUCGCUCCUGCAAGAAGCACACUUCGAGGUCGACGUACGGCCGGGUCUCUCGCCGGAGGACCUCUUGUCGCUGAUCCCGUCGUACCAGGCGCUCAUCGUCCGCUCCGAGACCAAGGUCACGGCGGAGGUUCUCGCGGCGGCCGGAAAGCUCCGGGUUGUGGCGCGCGCCGGCGUGGGCGUCGAUAAUAUCGAUGUGGAGGCUGCCACGGCGCACGGGAUAAUUGUGGUGAAUUCACCCGCGGGUAACAUCGUCGCGGCGGCGGAGCACUCCAUCACGCUGCUGCUGGCCACGGCACGCAACGUGGGAAGGGCGGACGCGGGCGUCAAGGCCGGGCGGUGGGAGCGGAGCAAGUUGGUCGGUGUCGAGGUUGCGCGCAAGGUGCUGGGAAUCGUCGGGCUAGGUAAGGUCGGGAUGAAGGUCGCACGUAUGGCCAUCGGACUGGGGAUGAAGGUCAUAGGAGUAGAUCCAUAUAUGAGUGCUUCCGUGGCGAGGCAGAACGGGGUUGAGACUGUGGGCUCGCUCGAGGAGAUGCUGCCCCAGGUCGACUUCCUCACGAUCCACACGCCGCUGAUCGCCAGUACCCUAAACCUGCUUGGGGAAAAGGAGUUUCAACUGAUGAAGAAGACGGCGAGGGUCCUCAACGUCGCAAGGGGUGGGAUUUACAACGAGGAGGCGCUCGUAAAGGCGCUCGACGAGGGUUGGAUCGCCGGGGCCGGCAUCGACGUCUUCACGAGCGAGCCCCCGAAGCCCGGGUCAACGGCGGAGACGCUCGCCCAGCACCCGAAGUGCGUUGCGACCCCCCACCUCGGCGCAUCAACGGUCGAGGCGCAGGAGAACGUCUCGCUGGACGUGUGCACGCAGGUGGUCGAGGUGCUGCGCGGCGGGCUGCCCACGGCGGCGGUCAACGCGCCGCUGAUCCUGCCGGAGGAAUACCGCAAGCUGCAACCUUACGUGCGGCUGGUGGAGCGCAUGGGCGGGCUCUACACGCAGCACUUCGUGGGCCGGCGGGGCGGGAUGAUCGGCGGGCGCAGGUUCGAGCUCCGCUACCAGGGCGAGCUGGCGGGCGUGUCCAACACACGGCCGCUGUACGCGGCGCUGGUCAAGGGCCUGACCAGCAGCAUCAGCGACAGCGGAGGCCGCGACGUCAACAUCGUCAACGCAAGCCUGAUCGCCAAGGACAAGGGCAUCGCGAUCAACGAGACGCACGCGCGGGAGGGCGGCAGGGAGGAGAUGGUGUACGCGUCGCUGGUGACGCUGCGGUCGUCGCAGAACGGCGGCGGGGAGGAGGGCGGCGGGGAGCAGGUGAUCGAGGGCUACGUGAACGGGGCCGAGGUGCAGAUCAGCCGGCUGGACCGGUUCACGUGCAGCUUCACGCCCGAGGGCACGCUGCUGGUGCUGCACAACUACGACGAGCCGGGCAAGGUCGGCAACGUGGGCAUGAUCCUGGGGCGGUUCGGCAUCAACGUCACGUUCAUGCAGGUGGCGUCGCUGGACAACAAGGUGGUGGUGCCGGCGGCGGCCGGGGACGGCAGCGCAGGCGUCAAGAAGAGGAAGGGGGGCAAUGAGGCGUUGAUGAUCCUCGGGGUCGACGGCGAGGUCACCAAGGAGGUGCUCGAGGACCUGGGACGGGCUGAGGGUAUCUUGGAUGUCAACCUCGUGAGGCUCUAGGAGGCGUGGACCUUUAUACUAGAUCUGAAACUGAGACACUGAUAUUGUGUGCUCAGGACGGUCAGAAAUAGAGGAGACGGGUCCAUAACUUCAUACUGUCGAUGCUCUAAUGAUAGUAAAGUAUCAU